UUUCACUUUGACGAGGCAGAGAUGAUCGUAACUUCAGCUGAACAUGGAUCUGCUUAUGAUCAUUUUAGUGACUGUGAUUCCAGUAUUAUCAGAUGGGUUGACUGUGCAUGGUCCGUCUGGUCCUGUGGUUGCUCCUCUGGGAUCUUCAGUGGUUCUUCUCUGUUCUGUUGAUGAAUCUUUACCAAUAAAGGAUCUGGAGGUGGAGUGGAAGAGAUCAGACACAGAGACUUUAGUUCAUCUGUAUCAGGACGGAGAGAGUCGAGCAGAAGCCCAGCAGCAGGAUUAUCAGGACAGAGCUCAUUUCUUCACUGAUCAGAUUCAACAUGGAAACUUCUCUCUCCGUCUGGAUGAUCUGAGAUCUGAAGAUGAGGGACAGUACACAUGUACAGUUCACGGUCAGCGGGAGUCUGGAGAAACUAUGGCUGAAAUAAAGGUUGAUGUUGAGCGUUUGAGAGUGUCAGGAUCGAGUCGCUCUGUAUCAGUGUCUGUGGGAGAAGACGUCACUCUGAACUGCUUUGUUGACUCUAACAUCACACUUCAAGACAUUGAAGAGGUUUCAUGGAGGAAAACAGAUGAAGAUAUUAUGGUUCUGCUCUACCAAGAGCAUACGGCUUUACCAGAGGCAUCAAAUGAGCAAUACAGAGACAGGGUUGAGUUCUUCAGUGAUGAAAUCUCCAAAUUAAACUUCUCUCUCAGACUGAAGAGCGUCAGAACUGAAGAUAAAGGAGUUUAUAUGUGUGAGGUGUUAGCUGGAGGACUUUCAGGGGAUACUACAGUAGAACUGGAGAGACUGGGUUUCUCAGCUUUACACAUACUGGUGUUGAUUCUCUGUGUUUCUGCGUCUGGGUCUGCUCUUCUGCUCGUCUGCCUCAUCUACUGCAGAUCAUCUACUAAAGGUUUGAUUGUGCAGAAUACUUUAAAUCGUGUUUCCCUUGCUGGAGGUUCGGUGGUUUUGCCCUGUCAUGUUCCUCUAAGCUUACUAACUGAGGAUCUCAAGGUGGAGUGGAGAAGAAAUAAAUUAAAGGAUCUGGUUCAUCUGUAUCAGAAUGGAGAUAGUCAAACAGAGAAACAGCACCAGGAUUAUAAAGAAAGAGCUCAGUUCUUUACUGAACACCUUAAACAUGGAAACUUCUCCCUCCGUCUGGACAAACUGAGAUCAGGAGAUGAAGGAGAGUAUACAUGUACAGUUUACAGCCAACAAAAACCUGUGUUUUCAGCCAAGACAAAGCUGGUCCUGAAUCUCUUUACGAACGGUAAAGUCAUUUCUCAGGGAGGUUCGGUGGAUUUGGUCUGUCAGGUGGACCGACGCUUCUUAAAGAACAGUCUGAAGGUGGAGUGGAGAAGAGACGAGACUCUGGUUCAUCUGUAUGAAGACGGCAAGAGUCGACCAGAAAAACAGCACAAGGAUUAUCACAAAAGAGCUCAUUUCUUAAACAAGAACAUUACAGAUGGAAACUUCUCCCUGCGGCUGAAAAACCUGAGAACUGAAGAUGAAGGGGUUUACACAUGUAACGUUUACAGCGACCAGGAGUGUGUGUGUUCAGUCAGAAAAGAGCUGAAACUGAGAUUCACUGUAAAGCAUACUCAUCACACACCUCUUCAUCUGGGAUCUUCAGUGGUGUUGCCCUGUUAUAAUGAUAGACCCUAUAGUAUGGAGGGCCUGAAGGUGGAGUGGAAAAGAAAAGAGGAUCUGGUUCAUCUGUAUAAAGAUGGUGCGAGUCAAGCAGAGGAACAACAUGAAGAUUAUCAGGACAGAGCUCAUUUCUUCACUGAGCACCUUAAAGAUGGAAACUUCUCUCUCCGUCUGGAUGAUCUGAGAGCUGAAGAUGAGGGACAGUACACAUGUACAGUUCACUUUCGUCGCUCAAUUCAAAAUAACAGGCAGUUUUCAACCAAAACAGAUUUGGUUCUGAAACUACUUGAACCGGUCCUCCGUCUUCAGAUGUUUCUGGUCUUCUCUCCAAAUGUCCUGAUGUUUCUGGCGUUUGUUUUCUGGGCUGUUUCUGAAGGAUCUCUGUUUGAGUCCGUCUCUUGUUGUUCUCUUUAUUUUCUGAGACCUCUCACGCUGCUCUGGACGGCUCCGUAUGACUUCCCAGGCAAAAUUAAAACAUGGGUUCAGAGUUACAGUUUUAGAACAGAAUAUAUCGUUUUCUCAGCUGUUUUUUAUUCAGUUCUCUUUAAAUCUGCUUUGGACAAAAGUCUGAACUACUCUGGAUCUGAAGGAGUCGUGAUCAUAGUCCUCUUUGUGCUUGUUCUUCUGUUGAACCUCUUCUAUAUUAUUUUCUUGUUUUUGAGAUUGUUUGGUAAAGUAAGUCUACGGAUCAGGACUAUAUUCAAUGUUCUGGCUGUAAUCAGCUUCGAUGUCCUUCCUUCUCUACAAUUCAUCCUCCUGUUCUUCAGCUUUGGAUCCAGAGGAGGUUUCUUGAUCGUGGCAGUUUUACCAGUGUUUCUCACGGCCAGCAGAUACAACUGGGACGUUGUCUGUGGUCAAAAGAUGGGCUGUUCACCUGCGGUCAGGAGAUCCGUGUAUUUAACUCUCAUGAUCCUGAUCAAUGCUCUACUCAUCUACUUCUACAUCACAGCUCUGGAGAACCAGAACGAUGUUGUUGGAUGGAGCUGCAUGCUUGUGUUUCUUCAGUUUCUCUGGACCCUGGUCAACUUCACACGCUCAUUUUCUUUCGAUCUUCCCCGUGUGACUGUGGUGUAUGUGUUCGGAUCAGUCGGUGUAGUUUUACUCAACUCUGUUGCUCUGAUGACUGAAGUGAUCCUGAAAACAGUUAAUGGUGAAGGAUUGACGGAGACAUGAGGAUCUCAGUCUUCUCCACCGAGUUCAUCUUCACUUUAAUUCUCCUGGUUUUAGUGGUGUUUGAACCCUGGAUCAAACCCUGUCUGGAUUCGUGUCAGAAAUCAGUGAAGUCUUGUCGAAGCAGAGGCGCUGGAUCACAGAGUCAGGAAUCUGAGCAGAACCCAGCAGCGGUUGCGAUGAAGCUCCAGCCGCUGGAUCAGACCAGAAGCAGAUCACGGCAGAAUCACACGAGAUGAAUCCUCUACUGAACAAACAAACCCAGGAGAACCACAGGAGCGACGCGGCGGAGGAGACCGAGCCGAACUCAGUGAUUACACAAACAUAACCUGCAGACGGAGACAAGCUCUUCACUGUGAUGAACACCUCAGUCUCCUUAUUCAUAUGCUGGCUUGGAUUUGUAAAUAGCUGUAGACAUAUACAGGAUGUUUAAAUGCCGUAAAUUCAUGUAAUAGCUUUUAUAACUAACUCUAACUGUAAACCGGCUUCAGCCGUCCAGAUAACAUGGAGUCCUUCAAGAUCAGAGCGCUAUGAUGUUAACAUCUGUGGACUGAUGUUUGAGUCUCGAGCUCACAGUGAAGG